ACAAAAAAAAAAAAAGAAAAAAAAUCACCCGUUUCUCUUUCUCUCUAUGUAAGAAGAACAAAUUGAAAUGAACCCUAGUUCUCUCCGUCUCUGUGAAUCACGCACCACUACGUUUUUCUCCUCUCUCCGAUCUUCCGAUUGAAAUUACAGAUUUCGCUCAACUUCAGACGUACAGAUAGAUACAGUCGAAGAAUUUUUGGAUUCGGAUUUUAUUUUUUAUUUUUUUUAUUUAAUAGUAUGAACAUGUACAAAGAUCGAGGGGCUGGGGGCUCAUCGAAAGGCGGCGAGAUGUUGGAUCGGAAACGGAUCAACGAGGCGCUGGAUAAGCAGCUGGAGAAGUCUUCACCUUCCACAUCCAGAAACAAGGGUUCCGCCAUCGCCGUGCCCUCCACCUCCACCGCCGCCGGGAAGCAUAUGGAAAACCGCUCUUCCUCCACCAUCCCCGCUAGCAAGAACAAGCUCUCCGAAGAAGAAUCUGACACAGAUAGUGAAGAGUCUGAUGUCAGUGGUUCCGACGGGGAUGAUACAUCUUGGGUUUCAUGGUUUUGCAACUUGCGCGGGAAUGAGUUCUUUUGUGAAGUUGACGAUGAAUACAUUCAAGAUGAUUUUAAUCUCUGUGGGUUGAGCAGUCAAGUCCCGUAUUAUGAUUAUGCACUUGACCUAAUCCUGGAUGUAGAAUCCUCUCACGGUGAUAUGUUUACCGAGGAACAGAAUGAAUUGAUUGAAUCAGCUGCAGAAAUGCUCUAUGGCCUUAUUCACGUACGGUACAUUUUGACAAGCAAGGGAAUGGCUGCAAUGUUAGAGAAGUAUAAGAACUACGACUUUGGAAGAUGCCCAAGAGUUUAUUGCUGUGGGCAGCCAUGCCUUCCAGUCGGACAAUCAGACAUACCACGGUCAAGUACCGUAAAGAUAUACUGUCCUAAAUGUGAAGACAUUUACUAUCCUCGAUCCAAGUACCAAGGCAAUAUCGACGGUUCAUAUUUCGGAACCACAUUUCCUCACCUGUUCUUGAUGACUUACGGACACCUCAAGCCUCAGAAGUCAACACAAAACUACGUCCCUCGAGUUUUUGGCUUCAAAUUGCACAAGCCUUGACGAACGAGUUUUUCGGCUUCGAAAUUCUUCUUGCGGUAAUAUGGCUGCCUCAGUGUAUAAAAUGGGCUGUGAACGAGCCAGGUGAAAAAAAAAAAAAAAAAAAAAAAGGAAAGAAAGAGAGGAAAAAAAGAGAGAGCAGGUAUUGAUGUAAAAUUGCUUAAUUGAUGUAGAAGCAAUUCUAUAGCUUAUGAGGAAUUGAUGUUUAACUUCAGAGAAGCACAUAUGCUUAUUUCGAUUUUUUUUUCGGUUGAGAAAUGUUUUGCAGUACUUAAUGUUAUGUAGUCUUUCGUGUGUGAAAUGCGUAAGCACUACACUUUUAUAUAUCGAACGAAUUGCGUUUUGAGUUC